CGGUUGGUCAGUAACAGCACGUGAUGUAAAACGCUUCCUUGUAAGAGUUUCGCUCGGAGCAGAGAGGGACACAGGGACGAAGGUGCUGUCUGCUUAUUCUACUUGCCUUUGAAGUAACAGAUGUGGAGCAGAAUCUUGCGUCCUCGUGUGAUUGACACAACAUCUGUCUGUUGGAGGAGUCUCUUUACUAUGAAGCUGGAGACCAGUGAGUUCCAGUCUCUGUCCUCCGAUGGACUGAACGAACUAGCAGCGAUUUUUGAGAAGCAUGAUCACGAGCUGAGGAUCGCCGGCGGUGCCGUACGAGACCUGCUCUCCGGGAAGCGGCCUGAAGAUGUGGACUUUGCGACCACGGCCACUCCAGAGGAGAUGAAGCGCAUGUUCCAACAAGCCGGCAUCCGGAUGAUCAACAACAAAGGAGAGAAACACGGCACCAUCACAGCGAGACUGCACAAUGAGAACUUCGAGGUGACCACGUUGCGCGUGGACGUCCAGACCGAUGGACGUCAUGCGGAGGUGGAGUUCACCACUGACUGGCAGAAAGACGCUGAGCGCAGAGACCUCACCAUCAACUCCAUGUUUCUAGGACUCGAUGGGACGUUAUAUGACUAUUUCAAAGGACACGAGGACCUGCAGAACCGCAAAGUUCGCUUUGUCGGCAGCGCUGAACAAAGAAUCCAAGAGGACUACUUGAGGAUACUGCGCUAUUUUAGGUUCUACGGCAGAGUGGCCCUGGAGCCCGACGGUCACAAGCCCGAGACGCUGGCCGCCAUCCGGCAGAACGGCCGGGGACUCGCAGCCAUAUCGGGGGAACGCAUCUGGGUGGAACUGAAGAAGAUGGUUGUCGGUAACCAUGCCGCUCAUCUGCUGGAGCUGAUGUACCGUCUGGAAGUGGCCCAGUACAUCGGUCUUCCUCCAGACGGCAACAUCGAGGAGAUGAAGCGAGUGUGGAACACCGCCAAAGACCACUCUCCCAAGCCCAUGACGGUCCUGGCGGCUCUCUUCCGCUGCCCGGAGGAGGUGGAGAAGAUGGACAUCCGGCUGAAGGUGUCCAGGGAGGAGAAGACUCUGGCUCUGUUCCUGGUCAAGUACCGGCAGGAGCUCUGCAGGAGCCAAGACGAGCCGGACAGCCUCAAGCCCUUCACCGACUUCAUCUUCGACAGCCGGGAGCUGGACACCCAAAGUAAAGUGUGUGAGCUGCUCAAGUACCAAGGUGAGGAGAAGCUGCUGGCCGAGCUCAGCAGGUGGUCCGUCCCCCGCUUCCCCAUCAGCGGUCACGACCUGAGGAGGCUGGGCAUCACGUCGGGAAAGGACAUCGGCGCCACCUUACUGGAGCUCCGCGACGUCUGGAAGAAGAGCCGUUACCAGAUGGACAAAGAUGAACUUCUUAGUUGCAUCAAGUCUUAGAUGAAGUGGAGGCGAUUGUUCCUCGCUGCCGAUUGUUGACGGUGGGACACGAGCAGCAGCAGCUGAUGGAGGCCGGUGCCGCUUUUAUUUGUCCCCAAUCGCCUGGAAGGAGAAACGCACACACGAUGUACUCCUCGCCACGGGGUGACUGCUGAUCUCCUCGCCACCAUCUCAGCAGCUGCCGUGUUACUGACGCUUAGAUGUUCAACCCGGGUUCCUCCUCAGUUUGCCUGCGGUCGUGUAUCAUUUCUUUGCUGCGUUUUCUGUAAAGAAAAUGUUCUUUUAGUGAGAACCUGCAGAAAGCAAAGCCCCAUGUUUAUGUUUGACUGUGGUGAUAUAAAUCUCCCACUACGCUGUAGAACAUAACGGCGUUCGGCUCUUCUGUGUAUUUGUUGAUGGCUGGAUUCCCCGUAAACGUCGGUGACGCCGCUUUGGGGACGAGCGCUGCUGUCCGUCAGGACGCCUGAACGCCGGCCUCUCGUUGGCUGUGCAGGCGGAGGAAGCGUCCAGAUUCCCGUUUGAGUUUAGAACGAGUUGCAUCUCGCUCAAAUAUAAAAGCUACAGGGACGUGUCCUCUCCCAGCGACUAGUUAAACAUUGCGCCUCGUUCCUCUAAUGGACAAUUGAGGUAAAACGUUUAAUUGACACUAAGUUAGAAAUUGGUCCCUCAAUCAGUGUUCGAGGAUCGAGUUGGUAAAAUAAGGAAGCUCUGUUGUCACCAUGCUGAUGCUGAUGUGAACAGCUGUGCAGCGGCGAGCGGACCGAGACGCUGGUGGCCCUGAUGUGUGAGAACACGAGAAAGUGAAUAGUAAGUAAGACGACGUGUCCUUCGGACUAAAAGACGCACGUACGCUGCAACUGACAAGUUAAACACAUAUUUGCAAUAACGGGUACAUUUAGGAAAAGUAACGUACAGAAACAAGAUUAUAAACCAGAGUAAACACUUCUACAGGACCAUGAGUAACAACACUAAACGGGUAAUAAGUGCAAAAUAAACGUGUUUUGGG